AUGAAUCUUCGUAAAGCGCCUAAUCGCCGUGUUCGCACCAAUUUCCGUAAGCGGUUUCCAUCGACGCUCGAUGAACCAUUGUCCCCCGGGCCGGCCUGCAACAAUGAGGCGACCGCGCGGGUCCGUCUGUGGUCAGUACGAGUGACCUUCGGUCAUCGGAACGUGACGGGCUUUAGCCGUGCCGAUCUACCAUCAAACCGCUGCGACUCGACUCGUUGUUUCCCAACACCGUGCCCGGUGCACAGCUGCACGUCCACUCUGCCGGACAAUGCUCCUCAGCAGAUGCGCCCCGCCGAGGCGAACAGAAUCGAAGCCCCGCCGACCAACCACAAUGACCGGCGGCAGACCUUCUUAUGGCUACCGGUGGUCGUUGGUCUUGCUGCCAAGCCAAGCGACCGACGGCAUGAGUGGGAAAGCCGCUCAGUUGGGCACAAUGUCGGCUAG